AUACUCGAAUGCAACUCCAUUUCAACCCACGUUAUAAUUAACUAUCAGGGCAAAAACGUAUCCGACACAUACUCCAUUCAAGUGAUUUUGCUAGUUCAAGUAGAUUGGGCAAAAAAAAGGGGGGGAAAAUAAAAAUGAAAAAAAGGAGCAAAUUUUUUUAUCUGGAGAUAUCGAGGAAAAUUUUCUUUGAGAGCGGUCAUCUUACCGGAGAGGAUACUUUUACAGGAGCUAUCGCUCAUUCAUCGCCAAACAGCUACCGCCCGAAGCUUGAAGCCUGCAGAGAGAAAGCGAAGCAUUCCUGUCCAAAUUCAUCAGUUUCGCAGCAAGAUGGCCGCUCGGGUCUCGAGCCUAUGCCUACCAAGCUCUCCUUCCCUCCCCUCUUUCAGCUUCUCUCUCCGCCGUACCAGGCCUUCCCUCGCUCCUCCUCACGCCGCCAUGCCGUCUCUGUCCUCUCCCUCCCCUUCUCCCUCUUUUCAGAUAGUUGGUGGGAGAAAUUCGGGUUGGCAUGGAACUGGGGUUGCCCAGCUCGGCGAAGAAGACAAAGAAGUGGAUUGGUUGGAUCUGGAUGCUGAUCUUUAUCACUGGACCCAAGGUUUGCGUACUGUUCAGUGGUAUCCUGGUCAUAUUGCGAAGACGGAGAAAGAACUUAAAGAGCAGUUGAAGUUGAUGGAUGUUGUUAUAGAAGUCUGCGACGCAAGAAUUCCUUUGUCCACAAGCCAUCCGCAGAUGGGAUCAUGGCUUGGUACUAGGAAAAGGAUUUUAGUGCUGAAUCGAGAAGAUAUGAUAUCCAAGGCAGACCGGAAUGCUUGGGCAACUUAUUUUUCUAAACAAGGCAUAAAAGUCGUCUUUUCGAACGGAAAACUCGGAAUGGGGAGUAUGAAGCUAGGCCGAUUAACAAAAACACUAGCAGCGGAUGUAAAUGUCAAACGCCGGGCAAAAGGUUUACUUCCUCGAGCUGUUCGAGCUGGAAUUGUUGGUUAUCCAAAUGUUGGAAAAUCUUCUUUGAUUAAUCGUCUGUUGAAGCGACGCAUGUGUCCAGCAGCUCCCAGACCUGGUGUUACAAGAGAAUUAAAAUGGGUACGCUUUGGGAAUGACCUCGAGUUGUUAGACUCCCCUGGAAUAAUCCCUAUGCGAAUUAGUGAUCAGGUAGCUGCUAUAAAGCUAGCCAUUUGUGAUGACAUUGGAGAGAGAUCCUACAAUGUAGCUGAUGUUGCUGCGAUUCUUGUACAAAUGCUAACAAGGCUUCCCGCAGUUGGUGCAGGGGUCCUUCAGAACCGCUACAAGAUCGAUGCGGAUGGUCAUUGUGGUGACAUAUUCGUUCAGAAGGUUGCUCUUAACUUGUUCAAUGGGGAUAUUCAUCAAGCUGCAUUCCGCAUCUUGACAGACUUCCGCAAGGGAAAGUUUGGUUGGAUAGCGUUGGAAAGACCUCCUCGUUAGUUCCUAACGAAAUACAGGUCUCCUAAACCUUUUCUUGCGAUGCAUGUCCACCAAAUGCCACACUUUAAGAAGGCCUAGGAAUCCCCGAUGUUCUCAUUCAGAGAGCUCGUAAAAUAAGUAUCAGGUGAGAAGAUACAUUGUGAUCCAGGCCUGAAAACUAGGGGGAACCAUUAAUAGAAAGUGAUCUCUUCGAGAUGUUUGGGCAUGCAAACUGGGAAAUCCCUGAUUUCUCCUCCUUGCAGAAGUUCGAGGAUUCAGGACAAGCAAAAUGGAGGGGAUGCCAUUGAAACCUUAUUGUUAAAGUCUGCAAUGCAAGCAUGUAUAGAAAUAACUAAGCAUUUUUCUUGCCCUGAAGUGAUGGUAAGUAGGUGUCAGAACCGCAUGAACUCGAGGUAAUUUGUGAAUUGUACAAGUUGAAGGUUCCGUUGUAAAGUUGGACAGAAAGCAUCUGAUACUUUGCACUUUAUACUCUCUCAUUUUGCUCCAACUAUGGUGACUCAUUUUUGGUUCUAAAACCAAAACCUGCAAGAUUGUAAUA